UCCAAAAAUAUGCGAUUAUUUUCUGCUUACGAUAAAUGAAACUAAAUGUAAGAAAUACAACAAGAUUGUGAAGGAUCACGUCAAAUUUGAGUUUAUACAAAAAAUGUUCAUAGUAUCAACAGAAGUGAUUCAUCCUACAUUAAGUGGCAAAAGACUGAGAGAAUAUGAAUGUGCAAAGAAAAUCUAUUGAAGAAAAAACUUCAGACUUGGCAGUACUGAUUAAAUUUUUAUUGCAUUGCUAACAGCAAUAUAUUAAAGAGAAUUUACAGAAAACUAAAUAUGACAAACGUUAUUCAACAUUUCCUACUGGUUUAAGAAAAUUGCUGCUCGCUUUUUUAAGGAAAAAAGAAACAGUUAGCAAGACGAAGUGAGUAAAGCUAUCCGUUUCUCAUUGUCAAAAUACAUGACUAUAAAUAUUCAUAAUGGGAGUCAGCAUUGGUUUCUUGAUAAGAUUAAAGCAUAUAAAGUUUUGUAACUUUCUAAAUUACACCAGAAAUAUACAGAUAGUUAACAAAAUAUUAAAAGAGUUUGGGAUAGAUUUUAAUACUCAUGUUUCCGAAUGUAUCCUACGACUGAUGUAUUGUACAAUUCUUUUUAUUCACGAUACUGAUAUACUGUACAUUCAUGACAUUGCAUUCAUUUAGCAGUUUUAGAUGUUUUGUAAUUCAAAGCUAGAGAGUGUAUCGAUGAAAAAAUAGCUGAUGCAGACAGCGAAGACGAUGAUGAAAACAUAAAUAAUAUUAUUAUGGAUUAUAACAACGUUUAGUCAUAAUAUUAAUAAAGACCGGAAAUGGAUUUCAUGUUUGAGAUAAAUAUUGACACAAAUGAAGCACUAAAACUUACUAAAAAUAAUUUAACAGAAAUUAAGAAAGUAUGAAAAAUAUGCCGAAUGUUUCGUAAAUCUCUUGUGUAGAAUAGCAGAAUUAUAUUUUGUAAAGGAGGAAUUCAGUGGAGAAGAAAAGAAGCUUAUCGUAGACUGCAAGACAUGAUGGAAUAUUCUCCUUUCUAUGAUUGAACGUUUUAUAAAGCUAAGAAACUGCAUUCCUGACGGUCUUCGCGCUGUAGCUUCAACAGAAAAUGUCUGAAGAGGAAUGGAAUUUGUUGGAUAACUUUGCUGAACUUUUCGUUUACUUGAAUUUGUUUUGAAGGUUCUUUGCUCUGAAAAAGCAACUUUACUUAAAGCUAGCAUGCUUAUGAAAAUUUGCCUUAAGAAACUAGAUAGUAAAGAAAACCCUAUUGUUGAAAAUAACAAAGAUUGCUUUACCGAACGCUAUUCAUCAAGAAGACAGAAGGAAGUCAUCGUAUUGUUGAGGUGGUGACCGUCAGGAAAGCUGCUCCUCCUUUCACUUCCGAAUAAUUGGUUGGGAUCGAACCCAUGACCAAGAAGACUCGAGGAUGGCGAGAUUCAAAAAGCGUGGCAAAGGCCAAGAAGUUGGCAGAAAGGCGAUCUCUGUCCUGGUACAUGGCUGCUGUCUUCUUGGCCUUUUUCGCUCUGAUGUUGUUUUUCGAAGUAUUUCUCAUCAAGGACGAGAACAGUUCCUACAGACAUCUUUAUACAGAACUCGAUUACUCCGAUUACAGAUUCAAUAACGGCAGGAAUCGAAGAUUAGAAAUCGUCCCGCCUUUCCAUGUGGCUAGGGAGUUAGCUAGAGUUUUGUCAGACGUGGGACCGGAAGGACUAUUAGAAGAAAACAUCACAUCCAAUAGUUGGAAGAUAUCAGACGAACCUGAUCACUGGCAGAUGGUGCGUGGUACGAAGAAUAAAUUUUUUGUAUUUUCAGCAUAUUUCGAUGACAGGCGAGGUAAUUACAUUCGAGUUAUCUCGGCAGCUAGGACACGUAUUGCAGACAGAGUAGUGUGUAAAUUCUGGUUUAGGAAUGGCCGUUCUCCCGUAGCUGUCUAUGCUACUAACAAACUCAUACGAGAAAAUUGGAAUUUGAAGUACAGCGCUUACUUCAUACUUUGUCCACUACAGAGAGACGUGGGCCAAAUUCCCGACGAAGUAUCUAUCAUAAAACUUGGAGAUAGCCGCUCGUCCAAUCGUCUAGUCGUUCAUAAUAACCAUGCAUCUGGAUCACCCGCAGAGGGAAUCGCAGUAUGCAUCAAACCUCUACAUUAUAAUUAUAAUAAAUUGGUCAAUUUAGUGGAAUUUGUGGAAUUAAAUCGUUUACUUGGUGUACAGCACUUUUUUCUUUACAAUGAUACCAUUGGGCCUGCAGUUUCUUGUGCUCUCCAGUAUUACAUCAAGGAAGGUAUCGUCACCGUUUUACCUUGGAAAUUAGAUUUAAUUUCUCAGAAAGAAAUCAGAACAGAAGGAUUGUUUGCUGCUUUAAAUGAUUGCUUGUAUAGAACAAUGUAUAAACACCGUUUCGUAUUGAUGAUUGAUCUAGACGAAUAUAUUAUACCACAUGCUAAUGCUUCACUAACUGAUUUGAUUGCAUUCCUGCAAAAGAAGAGUUCCCACCGUGCAGGAGCUUUCUCGUUUCAAAAUUCUUUUUUCUAUCUGCACUGGCCCAAUGAUCCCAAUUCGGAGGGGCUGCCCUAUCAACUAAUAACUCUUCAAAAGACUAUCAGAAAAACCAAGUUACAUGCCCACAAACAACGUUCCAAAUGUAUCGUUCUGCCCGAGAGAGUAGUAGAAAUGGGCAACCAUUUUGUUUGGGAAUUUGCGCCAGGGAGAACUAUGGUUAAUGUGGGACCCGAUUUGGGUUUCCUGCACCAUUAUCGCGUUUGCGAAUUUGGCGGAACGGACUGUAUUAACACAACCUCCACUGUGGAUAGAACCGUUUAUAUGUGGAAGUCGGCUCUUCUAGAUGCUGUUUCAAGCAGACUCGAUGAAAUCCAACAUCUCUGCUCCCUAUCCUUGAACGAUACGCGAAAAUUGGAUACUUGGUGAUAUUGUAUGUUUGUAUUGAUUGUAAAUAAAUGUUUUUGUCAGACUGUGAUUGAUUUUUUUCAUUAACAUUUGUAUAAUAGCAU